UCUCCCCUUACAAUCAUUCUUCAAUCCCACAAUCACAGACACUCAAAUCUCCGAAGAUGAUGAAACUAUCUCUACUUGCUAUAUUGGUUUUCUCUCUGUUACAUUUCCAUGUGGUGCAAUCAGACAAUGCGCCGGCUCCUGCUCCUGCUCCCAAACUCGCAAACCCGCCUCCGCCCUCGUCGCCGCCUCCUCCCGCGGCUUCUCCGGCACUUACUCCGACCGCUUCUCCUCCGGCAUCCCCUCCGACUCACUCUCCUUCGCCUGCGGCUUCUCCAAAAUCCUCUCCACCAACUUCGACUCCUCCGGCCGCCGCGCCGGCCGUCUCACCGGCAACUCCUCCUCCGGCGUCACCCGUUUCUCCGGCGGCUAGCCCGUCCUCAAAUGGGUCGUCGCCGGUUCAAGCCCCGGCCACGCAGCCUCCGACUGUGGCCUCUCCCGUUGCGACUCCGGUGAGCGCUCCGAAGUCAAGCCCAUCUGGGGCUCCGCCGGUUGCAGAGACUCCCGAGACUGCGGCAACCCCAUCCUCGUCGAACAUUCCUUCGUCUGAAACCCCGUCGGAGUCGCCGGCGAUGUUCCCGUCGAGCAGUAGCCCACCAAGUCCGACGCCGGCGGGUCUGUCGCCUGAAGGCGCGGCGGCGAGUCCGGCUAGUGAUGAUACGUCGGGUUCGGAGCCCAAGUAUGGAGUUGGGUUCAUUUUGAGUGGGCUCUCUAUCUGGGUCGCUUUGGCUCUCUAAAUUCAUUCUCUUUGGACUUUUCUCGAUUAUAUUUAUUUCUUAGAGACUUGUAUCUCGUCUAGUACUCACUGUUGUAUUUCGGAUCAUUUUUCAUUCAAUCAUAUAUUCAUUUAUUUUUAUAUACUA